CUCAUCCACACACAUAAACCACAACCAUGUUUCAAAUCCCAGCAGUUUCAGCUGUGCUUGCACCAGUGUUGAUUAUUAUUUUUGGGAAUGAAUUGGUUUGCGAUGGAGCUCAAAUUGGUGGGNAGCCAGACCCAGUGGUGCAAGUGGCCCACACAGGCAAAAAAACAGUUUCUUAUUUCGGCAAAGUGGAGUUGUCAGACAAAGGCAGACUUUUUGCAUCUUUCAGUGGAAUUGGGUAUGCAAAACCCCCGAUUGGGGAACUCAGGUUCAAGCCACCAGCACCAAUUUUAGAAGAUGACCUCCCUAAAAUUGUAGAAGCUACGCAAGAAAAAUCUGCUUGUGUACACUAUGACAUGUUCAACAUCCAUGAUGUUGUGGGAUCAGAAGACUGUCUGUAUCUCAACAUCUUCAAGCCAUACCAUGAGCCAGAUAAGAAGUUGCCAGUAAUGCUCUGGAUUCAUGGAGGAGCAUUUGUUUGGGGUUCAUCACAUAGAUUAUUUUAUGGACCCAAUUAUUUGAUGGACAGAGACAUUAUUUUGGUGACUAUCAACUACAGACUGGGAGCAUUUGGAUUCUUGUCAACUGAAGAUAAAAAUUACCCUGGAAACAUGGGAUUGUUGGACCAAUCAGCUGCUUUGAAGUGGGUCAAAUCUCACAUUGGGUUUUUUGGUGGAAACCCAGAGAAAAUCACACUUUUUGGAGAAAGUGCUGGAGGGGCUUCAGCUCACUUUCAGAUGCUCUCUCCACACAACAAAGGUCUCAUUCAUGCAGUGAUUUCAGAAAGUGGUGUAGCCAAUGCACCUCAUGUUCUGCAACUUCAUGCCUUGCAAAAUGCUAGAAAACUGGCACAAGCACUCACCUGUCCACUGGAUGACAAAAUUGAAAUGAUGAAGUGUCUGCAGAUUACUGAUGCCAAAGACCUGGCUAUUGCUGAUGGAUCCAUGUAUCAAUUUUCCUUUCUGCCAUUGAGAUUUGUUCCCAGAAUAGACAUUGAGGCCAAAAAUCCCUUCAUUCCUGAUAACCCAUUGACUCUCAUUCAGCAAGGGAAGUUUGAAAAAGUCCCCUGGCUCACUGGAACUACUCAGGAAGACGGAUUGAUGUUCACUUAUGGUGCCUUUGUCAGUGAAAUUAUGAGAAAUGACCUCAGGAGAGAUUGGGAAUCACAUCACAAGUUUUUGUACCUCAUUGGCUUCAAUUUAGAGGACAGUGACAAGAUUUGGCCCAUGAUUGAGGCUCAUUAUUUUGAUGGUCCUUGGGGCACUUUGGAGAGUGUGUUUGACCUCACGAGGAGUAUGACAGACUACUGGUUCAAAUCACCAGCUCAAGAAGCAGCUGAAGAAGUUUCAAAACACUCUCCAGUUUAUCUUUAUGACAUGGAUCAUGGCACUGAUAAAAGCUGGACCAAGACAGAGACUCUUCACGUGCCUGGAAUCAAAGUAGACAAGAAGGACAUGGAAAGGCAUUGGGGAACCGGUCAUGGAGAUGAACUCCAGUUCUUCUUCAAAUGGGAAGGCGUGAAAGGCGUUUCCGACGACAACAACGAAGCUGACAUGGAAAUGAAAGAGAUCUUUUUGGAUUACUUCACGAACUUUGCGACCUUCGGGUCUCCAAACAAUCCAAGCUUUCCAAAACACCGCUUAAACUGGCCAAAUUUCAAAUGGAAUUCCACAGCGAGUAACAUUUUCGUUUUCAACCCGAACCCACGACUGGUUCCCGAAUUGCUAACCAGCAAAUCCCACGAGUUCUGGAAGAACCUUCGCAAAAUCCAUGGGAUCAAACCAUCUCACGGAAGAUUUUAUUCCAACAACAACGAACUCUGAAUAAUAAAGACGGUAUUCGAAAAAUUUUAAUAAGGUUUUUCGCGGGAGGAACAAAAAAUAUAUACGAGA